UAUAAAAGGCAGUGCAGCGGCCGACAAGAGCAUCAUUCGAGCAGCAUCCUGCAAACCGUGCACACACACAUCUCUUCCAUCUGCUCCUCUGCAAAGCAAAAAGCGAUCUCAAACGCAAAGAUGGCUCCACAGGCAAACAGCACCGAAACCGCAUUCGUAUCGAAGACCCAGCACUAUCUGAAGGUGAAGAAGCCGCUGCUGGAGCGCCAGCGCCGCGCCCGCAUGAACAAGUGCCUCGACACGCUCAAGACACUGGUGGCCGAGUUCCAGGGCGACGAUGCCAUACUGCGCCUGGACAAGGCCGAGAUGCUCGAGGCAGCACUUGUCUUCAUGCGCAAACAGGUCGUCAAGCAACAGGCGCCGGUCUCACCCCUGCCGAUGAACAGCUUCAAGAACGGCUACAUGAACGCCGUCAGCGAGAUCUCCCGUGUGAUGGCCUGCACCCCGGCCAUGAGCGUCGACAUUGGCAAGACGGUGAUGACACAUCUGGGCGUCGAGUUCCAGCGCAUGCUUCAGUCCGAUCAGCAGCAGCCAACGCCAACCCAAUUGGAAUCCUCUUCACGUCCUGCCAGCCCUGCCUCUUCGGGGUAUCACAGCGAUGCCGAGGAAUCCGAGGCUGCUGCCAGCCCCAAGCCAGACACCAUGUGGCGUCCCUGGUAAACCAUUAGAGACUUCGACUACGACUACGAAUCCUGUCUUCCAUUCAACGACUACGAAUCCUGUCUUCCAACCAACAACAACGAAUCAUGUCUUCCAAUUGACUCGUUCUAACUGUGAUACCAGCUUUACUUAGGACUUAAGCACACCCCAAGCUUUACUUAGAAUUUAAUCAACCACCAAGCUUUACUAGUUAUAAGAAAGAAAAGACACUCAACGAUGAUCUAGCCUAUAAGAAAAACGCAACAACAGCUUUAAUAGUUUUAAUAUAAAACAACUCAAGAAAAACAAAA